CUAUCUUCUAGACUGACAUUGCAUCUGUAUUGUAAUAUGAAUUUUCGUCACUAUCCUCUUGACACACAACGUUGUCAUCUCUUCCUGGGCACAUACGCACAAACAACCGACCAAGUUGAAAUAGCGUGGCAAGAGGAAAACCCAAUUGUUAUAGAAGAACCACUACAGCUACCGAAGUUUGAUUUGACUGGAUAUACAUUUGGAAGCUUUUUGCGUUCCAUUGACACAGGGAAUUUCAGUUUCCUAAACAUUACGUUUACGUUGAAGCGACAGAACGGUUACCAUCUGAUCCAGACGUACCUCCCAACGUUCAUGAUCGUCAUGAUUUCGUGGGUCUCCUUCUGGCUAAACGUGGACGCUGUUCCCGCCAGGGUGACCCUCGGAGUGACCACUCUUCUUACAUUGACCACUGUGGCCGGAGGAAUACGAACUAAUUUGCCUCCGGUUUCGUAUGUUAAGGCGAUUGAUGUGUGGAUUGGAGUGUGUACGGUCAUGGUUUUCGGUGUGUUGCUGGAGUUCACUCUGGUCAAUUAUCUCUCAAGAAGUAAAUUUACUCCCGAGGAAUUUCGAAAAUCAAUCAAGAUAUUUAAUGUGAUAACAUCUAAGACUGAAAACAACUUUGAAGCCGAAGAAAGGUAUUCAAAUGAAAGAGCCAGAAAUCUUAAAAGAGCACGAUUCGUGGACCGUAUUUGUCGUAUUUUAUUUCCUUUGGUGUUUUUUGUUUUUAACGCCAUCUAUUGGCCGUACUACAUAUUCGUAGACAUUUCUCAUUGAUAUUCACUAUGUCUUUUAGCCUGACAAUAACUGUUUGGUUUAUAUACUUUUAACCGCAAACUAAGGUUUCUGGUUAACCAAAGACACUAAUCUAACAUUACUGCAUAUAAUAAAUAAACAUGAAACUGAUAACGACAACAACUGUCUGGAUCCCAUAGAUACUAAUAUUCAAGAACCUAGUUAAUCAACUGAACAGACAUGUAAUACUUAUUCAAUUCAGUUGAUUAACUAGUUAAUCAACUGAACAGACGUGUAAUACUUAUUCAAGAACCUAGUUAAUCAACUGAACAGACAUGUAAUACUUUUUAAUUAAUAAAGUCAAUUUAGAAUAUGAAAAACAAACAAAAAGAAUACACAAACAAAACUCAACCUCUCUGUCAGUGAAGAAAUGUUACUAAUUUAAGAAUACAAAAUAAACACUAAUUACACCACGUAAAAUAUUAAAUUUUAAUUAACUACAAAAUCACUAAUUAAAACAUAAAUUUGAAGCUACUUAAUUAU